AUGGAUUCAGACAUCCAAACCAUUUGUCGUUCAUUAUUGACAGAGUACUUGGUUCACAAUUGCUACAAGAACACUGCAAAGGCUUUCCUCGGUGAAGUCAAGAAACUAAACUCAUGCGUGGACAAUGGAACAACAGCAUCCAAUGGCAACGGUGUACAACACAUAGCAGACGUCAUGGAUAUCGAUCAUGACACCAAUGGAAACACAGCCUCCACAACAGAAGGUGACAGCAGCAUUGGCAAAUACACAUGGUCAUUGUUGGAUGCAAGGAAAGAUUUGUACGAUGCUAUUUUAAACGGCAACAUCCCCCAAGCAUUCACAUUGAUCCACCGACAUUUCCCAGCACUUGCAGCGUAUGAUACUCAGGAUCCCAUGAAACUGGAGAUUGAACAACAAAACAACCAACACAUCGACACUGAUUUGCAGUAUAUCAUAUUCAAGUUACGAUGUCAGCAGUUUAUUGAAAUUGUGCGCACAUCCAGUGAGAUCGAGGCUAUUCAAUUUGCACAGACCCAUCUCAAACCAAUGCAUAAGGAUUAUCGUGAUCUCACCAACGAAGUCGCCUCUCUUAUCGCUUAUCCCGAUCCACACAAUGCUUCAUGCAGUCAUCUACUGAGUCAGGAACGGCGGCGUCAACUUGCAGAUGAAGUAAACAAGGUCGUUCUAGCUCUUUCCAAUCUACGAUAUGAAACGGCGUUGGAGAGGAUCAAGAGACAUGCUGAAGUGAUCGCAAGUGAACGCGCUGCUUAUCAUUUGGAUAUCCCGGAAGAUCUUGAUAAACCUCAUUCCGCAUCUACAAUCACUGAACCAUCCUCACCUUAUUAG